UAUUGGACACAUUAAAACGUUUUAAAUUUGCGUAUCAAAUUAGUUUUUGACGUAAACAUGGAUAAUUUUGAUACGGAAAGGUUUAUAGAAGAAAUAGAAAACAGACCACCUCUAUGGGACAGUACUUUAGAAGAAUAUUCUAAAAGAGAACUGAAGAAGCAAUGUUGGGAUGACAUUGUUGAUAUUUUCGGUGGCAAGAACUUGACAGCCACGGAGCGGAGAAAUGCAGAAAUAACACUACAGAAAAAAUGGAAAGGUAUUCGAGGCUGUUACACACGUGAGCUAAAGAGACAGGAGAAACUAAAAGCUGGAGAUUUUCCAGGUCCAAGGAAAUCUGAGUACACGCAUUUCCAACAACUACAAUUCCUUCGUAAAGUUGUUAUAUCAAGGGACUCGGAUGAAGCGCCAGACUAUAUUUACUACGAAGUCCCCGAUUUUACAACAGAAAUUAAGAAAGAAGAUGAAGAUGACGAUCCUUUGCAAGAGGAUAGGUAUAGACGAGUGAAAAAAGCGAAGUAUGAGCUGGAUGACGAUGAGGACAAAUUGUUUCUUCUAUCAAUUUUAAGUACCUUGCAGAGUAUACCUGUGUCUAAGAAGAUAAAUACCAAGAUUAAAUUGUUAACAGUGCUCGAAGAAGCUACAAGAAAUGCAGAUGAUUGAUGUUUAGAACAACACACUGAGUUUCGAUUUCCUAAUCUCGAGUUCCCGUAGGUUCAGUAGAUGAUUUAAACAUGUUACUGACAGGGAGUUCUUUGUAUAUACAACGUUGUCCCUCUUGCAUAACUGCGUAUAAAUAUAUACUCUGCCCUAUGCCAGGAUCUUAUAGUGCGAUUAAUGAUGAUGCGUACUAAAGUGGAUUUUAUAAUCUCGUCUUAUACAUCUCUGUACAAGUUUUCUUAUAAAUAUGCGUUGAUCUGAUUCGUCAUACCUAUUUGAAUAACUUAAAUUUCUGUUUAUAAUUCAUCUCGUGCUUUUCGGUGAAGGAAAACAUCGCGAGGAAACCUGCAUGUGUCUAAUUUCAUCGAAAUUCUGCCACAUGUGUAUUCCACCAACCCCCAUUGGAGCAGCUUGGUAGAAUAAGCUCCAAACCUUCUCCUCAAAAAGGGAGAGGAGGCCUUAGCUCAGUAGUGGGACAUUUACAGGCUGUUACUGUAUUUAAAAACAUAAGUUGUGAACUUAGAUAAUUUAUUUGUAAUAAUAAAUGCGUUUUGUUUCGUUUAUUUAUUGAUACUAAUUAAUUUAAUGUCAUACCAUUAAAUCUUAAGCCAUGAUUCUUUAAAACUUUUUUGGUUUGAUAAACAUCCCACUAGUGGGGAACUAUUGUUCAUUGAUAACAACAACAUAGUACCCACGAAGCUGCUCAUCUAUAUUUCUUAAUUCUAUACAAAAUAUAUAAAUAAAUGUAAAUGUCAUCAUUCAUCUAAAUGAUUAUUACGUGUAAUUUAUUAAAAAAAAUAACUACCCGGAAACUUGCCGGUUUCUGUAGAAUCUACAUUCCGAGCCGGUGAUAUAGGUAUAUACGUACACAAAUUUAAAGCAAAUAUAUUUUUCUUAUAAAAUUACGAAUCAAAAGGGCUUGUAAGAUUCCCAUUCGAAUUGACUAUAUUAUUGAUUUUUAAUCGGAUGCACAAAACCAAACUCAUUUUCAUCAUGUAUAA